UGACAUUUAAAAUUUAAUAUUUUUGAUUGCAAUGAAAAAUUAAAGUAUAAAUAAUACCAUGGAUAAGACAAAAAAUAAUAUUAAAGACUCCAUAAACGUAUUUAAAUUUUAUAAAAAAUUAUCUGAACCCCUGAUUUUAUCACUUCGUUGUUUUCGAGAUAGAUACUUUGCAGCUGCAUGGCUAAAAAAGUUGGAGGAGCAAGAAUUGGGGGAAGAAGACCUUCGUAUCAGUUACUUAAAAUUGUUAAUUUUAGCUCUCUCUAGAGGCAGAUUAAUGGGAAUAUUCACUGACGAUCCAAAGAAGUAUAAACAAUUAAUAGAUUUUCGUAAGAACUUUGAUAUCCACACAUUUGCAAAAUGCAUGAUUGAAAAGGACAACGAAGAAAGAAUAAGUAAUAUUAAAAAACAAAUAAAGGGGAUAAAAGGACGGGUAGAAGAAACAUCGGUAUAUUUUGACUAUUCUACAAGCUUACAAGAAUACACAUCAGCACAAGAUAUUCCCCAUUUUGGGGUUCAUUGUUAUUACGCUUUCUCGAGUGAACCAUUUACAAUUUGGCAGCAAAAUAACAAAUUAAAUCUUCCUUAUUAUGUAUUUGACUGUUCGAAAAUAAAAAAAGCUGGAUACUGCAGUGGAAACGAUCGAAUCGCUAGAUGCAGAGUUGUGGCUAGACCUGUACCAAUAUUGGGAAUUGUUGAAGAGAUGAUUAAAAAUAAAAGUUUUCCUGUUUGGGGAUCCAAUAUUUUGGAAUUACGGGAAAAUCAGCCUGUUAAAAAAAUAUCAUGUUUGUCUUAGUUUUGUACUAGCGAAAUAAAUGUGUACUAGCA